AUGUCUCAUUCGGUGAGUGUUCUACCGUACUUGGUCAAAUUUGCGCCAAAAACUCCUCAUCAAUUUGAUGGAUAUAUCAACGUGCACUCUUUUGAUCUGGAUCACACGUUGAUCAGACCUAAGAGACCCAAAGCGACCUUUGGAAACGCGCCACACGAUUGGAAGUUCAUGGAAUAUGAUACCGGACCAGCGAUAAAUAAACUGGUUGAGAUAUUAAAGGCUGACACACAUGCAUGCUUUGUGAUAUUCACAAAUCAAGGUGGUGUAUUGGCGGAUCCAUCAACCUCUAAGAGUUUCCUGAACUUUGAAAAGAAGAUCUUGCUUAUUCUGAAAGCAGUCGAGGCAGUUGACUCUGGGGAAGAAUUUCUUAACAGACUGUGGAUAUAUUCUUCUACGAAAAAACCCGCUGCAUUAUCUAAAAAGAUACCAACUCUGAAUUCGAAGCCCGGUAAGGUAAAUAAACACAGUACUUCUGGAAAAUCCAAUUUGAAACCCCUAGCUGCAUUGAUUUUACUCUCUGAAAAGUUUGACGAGAUGAGGAAACCAGCAACUGGUUUAUUUGUUGAAUGUAAUAGAGAUCUUAAAGAGAUACUUAGCCCAACAGAUGGCCCAGUGAACUGGAAAUACUACUGUGGGGAUGCUGCGGGGAGAUCUACAGAUUUCAGUGAUUCUGACAAAAUCUUCGCAUUAAAUACUGGAGUUUCAUUCAAGGUACCUGAGGAUAUAUUUAAUAAAAAGUAA